AUGGCAAGGUCUAGUCUGGGCUGCACUCGUUCAUCCCGCCCCGACCGACGCGGUCAGCGCCGACCGACCUCUCCGGCACUACCGCCCUUCCCGGGAGACAGCGAGGAGCGCCUCUCCCGCAGGUACCCGUCCCCCGCCGCCGACGACUACCGACAGCGCAGAGACUGCGACCGCUGCCCGCAGCGAGAUUACGACCGGUACCCACAGCGAGACUAUAACUCUCCGCGCCCGGGCCCCAGCCGAUCCGUAGACGACGGUAACUCGGGCGACUACAACCGCUCCGGCGACCACAGGCGCUCGAAAAACUUAUACAACUCCGGCGACUGCUGGCGCUCAGGCGACUACAGCCGCUCCGGUGACUACUACCGCCGCGACUUCGAGGACUAUUUGAGCCCCGACGACACCGAGCCCGGUCGGUUCUCCGACCGAAACUGCCGCGCUCCGAGCACCGACCAGGAAAGGAGGCGACGGGCCGCGACCGCUGCCGACCGCUCAUCGAAACGUGAAGCUGCCCUCUCACCGAGUCGGCCCAGCCGCCGAGCAGAAGAGCAGCGCUCGCUCUCCCCGGUACCCUACUUUGGCUACUCGACCCUCGGAGGAGCCCCUCGCCAGGAACCGACCGACACCCGGAUUGGUGAUUCCUCGUCCGGACCGAAGCACUCUGCUGACGCCAUGCACCGCCGCUACAACCGACGGAUGGGUGGCAGCUACGCCGGCUACGCCAGUGAGAUGGCUUCCCGCUUCCGGCGCGAUAACGACCGCCGCCAGCAGCCUUCAGAGGCAGGUACGUACCGCCGCCAGCAGCCGUCCGAAGCAGGUGAGAAGGACAAGAACAGCGGCACAGGCUCUGUGCGUACCGCACACACAGUCAAGGACCGUCCAGAAAAUGCAGCAUGA